UUUCAUAUCCCUACAAUUUUGGGGGCUCGUCCGGGAUUGAAAGGAGAAGUUACGGUUGGAGAACGGGUGCCGGGUGCAACAGGACGACGACGGUUGGAUUGCCACGCGGAUUUUUGGUUAACGACGGAACGACGAAAAAAAAAUAUGGCGGAAGAAAAGACGACGACGGCGACAACGAUGUUUCUGGAAGGCUGCAACAUCACCCAAUUCACAGGAGAGGAUCCGACGUAUUCAUCAAGCAAAUGGUGUCAGGAUAUAGAGGACAAUGCGGAGAUUUUUUCAUGGACGCCGCAUCAAAAACUUAUUAUAGCCAGGCGAACGCUAAGCGGGACGGCAGCUUUGUGGCUUAGAUCAGAGCGAGUUUUUAAAAGCUACGAUGACCUGAAAGCGGCGCUGACCAAGGAGUUUCCAGACACCGUUAAUGUGAAGGAAAUGCACGAGUUAAUGGCGGCUCGCAAAAAGCAUAGUAACGAAUCUGUGUACCAGUACAUGCUGAUUAUGAAGGAGCUGGGAAAGAGAGCAAGAUUUCCCGACUACAUAGCGAUUCAAUACAUAAUAGACGGUAUAGUAGAUCACGAAUAUAAUAAACAUAUGCUACACGGUGUGACGACGUACUCCGAUCUCAAAACGAAGUUGGCUAUCUACGAAAAAAUCAAAACAAAAGCCAGUGAAGCAAGCCGACAGCGAGGAACCGAGAGAAACCGGGCGGUUUAUAAUCAACCGGGAACGAGAUAUUCACGACCAGUUCAAGUGCAAUACGUGCAUAAGCGCUGCUAUAACUGUGGAGAGAUGGACCAUGUAUCAAGUGAGUGCAAAAAUGGACUAAAGUGCUUUAGGUGCAAUCAGUUUGGACAUAUUCGGCAAAAUUGUAAGGCGAAUCCAGUGCAUACGGGUGUUAGUGGACGGAACGCAGACAUGGCGUCGGCUAGACGAGAACAGGCGGAAUGCGACAUCGGCGAUCGUCGGGUGAGUUCGGGCGCUUUCGGCGGCGACGGGUGGCGAAAGCGGUCGGCUAUGUUCGGAGUGAAGUCUGAGGUCUAUGGUGCAUUGCCGAGAUAUGGCAACACUGAAGAGAAUGAAUUGAACGUACGAACGAAGGACGCAAGCGGCCAUGACACGUAUACCGAGCCAGAAAAUGAUCGCGAAAAAAAAAAAGAUUUGACAGAUCACUUCAAUAUUUUUCAUGGCGUAAACAAAGAAUUUCAAGUGAAGAAGCCGGAAAAGUUAGUUUUAUUGAACAAGUUUAGUGUAAAUUCACUGUUCGACACCGGCAGUGAUUGUAAUUUAAUGGCUAGGUCAGUGUGUUCAAAGAUAGGUAGCGAAAUUAUUGAUGAAAAGAUAACCAUGACGGGUUUAGGCGAAUGCCAGGUUUGUUCCAUGGGAAAAGUUUACGUUGAAAUGUUAGUAGAUGAUAAUGUGUAUAACAAUGUUGUAUUUCAUUUAGUUCCUGAUGAAGUUAUGCCCUACGAUGUAAUAUUAGGCCAGGAGUUUCUGAGUGGUGUCACCAUGAUAAUGAAUGCAGGAGUAGUAACAUUGAGGAAUGACAAUUGGAUAGGUAACAUUGAUUCUUUUGCAGGUUCUACUGAAGUAGAUGUAGCUCAUGUGCAGGACAUAAGCAUCCGGAAUGAGGUAAUGCAGUGUGUACAGGAAUACCAGCCCACUCAAGAGGAGGAAGCACCCAUACAAUUAAAAAUUAUACUGAAGGAUGACAUUCCCAUACGUCAACGGCCACGACGAUUAUCAUUAAUGGAGCAGCAAGUUGUAGAGGAACAGGUAGAUGAAUGGUUGCGCAAAGGAAUUAUACGGCUCAGGAUGAGAGGCAAGGACUUGAGAGACUACGAAUGAUGUUGAGCGUAGCUUCACGAUAUGGACUACAAAUGAACUGGAAAAAGGCCAAGCUGCUACAGCGAGAAAUUGAAUACCUUGGGCAUAUUGUGAAGGAUGGA